AUGCCCCGCGGCCCAGAGUCUCUUUUGCUCUGUCGUACGACGGCUUUCCACUUCUUCCUUACGAUGUCUGACUCGAUUCGACUUCCGUCGAAGAAGCGCAAGGCCUCAGAGGGCAAGGAUGGGAAGAAGAAGAAGUCAUCGAGCUCGAGUUCGCACUCAUGGCUGUCGACCUUCCAGGCUCCAUCUACUAGUAACGGCACAACCUCUUUGCCAGUGCCAGCAUCGGAUUCCCUUGACCCCAUGCCCCAUCCCCUUGUUCUGCCUGAAGCUUCCUCUGAGCCCCUUACCGCUCCAGACGCCCUCAAGUCAUGGGAUGUCCACGACACGAAUGACGAAAUCGGCGUUGCCCUUUCAAACGGUCGUCCUCCCUCGCCUCAGGCUGUUGUUCCCGUCCCAGAUGUUCAAGAACAAGAUAUUCUACCGAAUACAUCGCGGGACUCAGUUGCCGUCGGGAUACCAGAGCCGGAACCGGAAGCUUAUGCCGCUGAACCGCCAAUUCCCGAACCUGAAGAGCCUCAAUGCUUAACGCCAAAGGACAACAAGUACUAUUUCGAGAGUGGGGACUGCACGUUUUUGGUCGGCGGCGUGCUCUUCAAGGUACAUAAAUAUGGGUUUCAAAAAGAUCCAGAUUCCGCAUUCGCCAAUAUGUUCAAAGACGCUCAAGGCGAUGUCUCAGCGCCCAUACCGCUAUCUGACUCAAGUGAAGAUUUUCGUUUACUGUGCUGGGUGCUUUAUGCUCCUUUGAGCAAGAUAUUCCGCCUGGCAACUCAACCAAACGAUAAUAUCGACGUCAAGAAGUAUCUUCGCAUUCUCGACAUCGCCCACAAGUACACUUUGGUGGACGUUGAAACAUGGGCUUGGAGUAUGGCGCAGCUUAACCCUUCCGCGAUGCCCAGCCAUCUGGAUAGCUGUUCGGAAGGAGACCUCGUUGAGCUGUUUGGCCUUGCUAUGCGAUGCUCCACCUCAGCGCGAGAGUUUGUGCAGCUGGUCGAGACUGCAUGGCUCGGGCGUGUCAAGCGCGAUGAGUUGCGAUGCAGUCGUGCAUUGACCGUGGGGGAAUACUACGGUCGCAGGGAAUUUCAAGGCAAUCUUUUCAUGGAGAUGCGGAAUAGACUCACCAAUGGGUCGAUCUGGACUUCUCCGCAGCUGGGUCUUCAAAAUCUACAUCUAACGAAAGUCCAAUCGGAUCGCCUUCUGCUUGGCUUUGUCACUAUGGCCAGCCAGAUGGCCAGCAUACGCCAAUUGCUGUCCUCGGAGCUACCCAUCGCAGGCGCCAACCUAAACAGAAGCUUCGGCCCUUCGCAUUACCAUAUAUCUUGCGAAGACGAAUGGCGGACAAUGUGUCAUGAACGGAGUUUCGAAUAUGACAAUCCAGUCGGUGCUCGUUUGAUUCUUGAAGACGCGGGGAAAUCAGCCUACUAUACGUGCGUGAUAGAGCGCUUCCAGGUCGUGGCAGCCGAUUUGAAGCAAUACGUUCCCGACAAGGCUGCGGACUACUUCCUUGGACCUGUCGUAUCAGCAACGCCUCUACAGGAUAAACCGCCAGAGAUGCUGCCUCCAAAACCUAUAGAAUAG